AUGGGACGCACAGUCUUGUACGCUCCAAUUCCUCAAGGUUCGAGCAUCUUAAACCUUGCGAUCUGCAUUGGUGGUAUCUACGUAUGUUACCUUAGUUACGGGAUAUUUCAAGAAAACAUCUUUACCUACCGUUCUUCUAGUGGUGACAAAUUUACAGCAACACUCUUUAUGUUGUUUGUUCAAUGUGUUACAAACUCAUUAGUAGCAUAUGGUGCAACAUUUGUAUGGAAACCUGAACGUACUUCUAUGCCUUUAGCUCCAUUUGCUUUUACUGCUGCAGCUUAUUUAGGUGCAAUGUUAUUUAGUAAUGAAGCACUUAAACACGUGAGUUUUCCGACUCAAGCUUUAGGGAAAUCAUGUAAAAUGAUACCUGUGAUGCUUAUGGGCGUUUUGAUACGUCGUAAGAAAUAUACAGUACGUGAUUAUAUUUGUGUCGUGGUCAUUACAUCGGGUAUUGCCAUUUUUCAAUUGGGCAAAGGUUCGACGAAACAUAUUGAGCGAGAGAACAGUACGUAUGGUUUAUUGUUGCUUUUUCUAUCACUGACAUUGGAUGGAAUAUCGGGGCCAAAGCAAGAGGAAAUUGCCCAUCAAUUACGUCCGUCGGUACAUCAGCAAAUGCUUAAUACCAAUCUGUGGGCCGUCAUUUACACAGGACUGGGUGCAUUGGUCACGGGUCAAGCAUUUGAAGGUUUUUUCUUCUGUAUAGAGAAUCCAGCUAUUCUUAAGUCUGUCUUUUACUUCUCCGUCUGCAGCUCACUGGGCCAGAACUUCAUUUAUUUCACUAUCCAGCAAUUUUCAGCACUCACGUGCACUACGAUUACCACCACACGCAAGUUUUUCACGAUUUUGUUCUCAGUGGUCUGGUAUGGUCACGAGCUCAGUCUCAUGUCGUGGUGUGGUGUUGCCGUCGUAUUCGUCGGGCUGGGAUGGGAGCUGUCGAGCAAGUACCAAAAGUACAAAACACAGAGUGCCAAGCAUACUUAG